GACGAGCUGGGUGGCUGGCAAUGUGUUGGGGCCAGACACUGGCACUUUAACCCUCUCCAGCAGCAUGUUCUCCUACACUGUGACAGUAGCGACUGGCAGCCAGUGGUUUGCGGGCACGGAUGAUUAUAUUUACCUGACCUUGGUGGGAACUGAAGGCUGCAGUGAGAAAACCCUCCUGGACAAACCGCUUUACAAUGACUUCGAACGGGGAGCGGUGGACUCAUAUGAUGUAACAAUGACGAAUGAUAUUGGGGAGAUCCUGUUGUUGAAGGUUGAGAAACGCAAGUACUGGGUUCACGAUGACUGGUACUGUAAAUACAUCACAAUCAAAACCCCUGCAGGAGAGUACAUGGAGUUUCCGUGUUACCGAUGGAUUACUGACCGCAAGGAAAUCGAGCUACGGGAUGGACACGCAAGAUUAGCACGUGAUGAGCAGACUCAAAUUGCCAGACAACACCGGCGUCAGGAAUUGGAGGAGAGGCAGAAACUGUACAGGUGGAAGGAAUGGCAUCCAGGUUUCCCACUGAGUAUUGAUGCAAACUUUCACAGCGACUUACCCCGUGAUAUUCAGUUUGACAGUGAAAAAGGAGUUGACUUUGUCCUGAACUACACCAAAGCGAUGGAGAAUCUGUAUGUGAAUCGGUUUAUGCACAUGUUUCAAUCCUCAUGGAACGAUUUUGCCGACUUUGAGAAGAUCUUUGUUCGGAUUAGCAACACCAUUUCAGAGUAUGUCAUGCAGCACUGGCAGGAGGAUUUCAUGUUUGGAUACCAGUUUCUCAACGGAUGCAACCCUGUCAUCUUCGAGAAAUGCAAGAAACUGCCUGAGAAAUUUCCAGUCACAAAUGAAAUGGUGAAGAUCUGCCUGGAGCGGCAACUCACCUUGGAAGAGGAGAUAAAGAAAGGCAACAUUUACCUGGCGGACUACGAGAUAAUGGACGGAAUUCCUGCCAAUGCCACUGACCCCUGCACCAUGCAGUACCUGACAGCUCCCCUGUGCCUGCUGUAUAAUAACGCCAAGAAUAAAUUAGUUCCCAUUGCAAUCCAGCUGAAACAAAUCCCUGGGCCUGAUAAUCCCAUUUUCCUCCCCACUGACAAUAAGUACGAUUGGCUGUUGGCAAAAAUAUGGGUGAGGUCAGCGGACUUCCAAAUUCAUCAGACUGUCACCCACCUCCUGAAGACUCACCUUAUGUCGGAAGUGUUCGGUAUAGCUCUGUAUCGGCAGCUCCCAGCUGUACACCCUCUGUUUAAGCUGUUAGUGCCUCAUGUCCGAUUUACAAUUGCAAUCAACACCAAAGCGAGGGAGCAGCUGAUAUGUGAAUGUGGUCUCUUUGACAAGGCAAACGGCACAGGGGGAGGGGGCCAUGUCCGCAUGGUCCAACGAGCCAUGACCUUGCUCACCUACAAAUCAUUCUGCUUCCCGGAGAGCAUCAGGAUGCGAGGACUUGACAGCACAGAGGAUCUUCCUUAUUAUUUCUUCAGAGAUGAUGGGCUGAGAGUCUGGGAUGCUGUUCAGAGCUUUGUCACUGAAGUAGUGAAUAUAUAUUACGAUGACGACCAGGCUGUUCUGACAGACACGGAACUACAGGCCUUUGUGAAGGAUGUGUUCAUCUAUGGGCUGAAGGACAAUAAAAGUUCAGGUUUCCCCAAAACAAUCAGAACAAUUCAGAAGCUGAUAGAGUAUCUGACCGUAGUAAUCUUCACCACUUCUGCUCAACAUGCUGCUGUCAACUUUGGGCAGUAUGACUGGUGCUCGUGGAUUCCAAACUCUCCCCCCACAAUGAGACAGCCCCCACCCUCCGAGAAAGGGGUUGUGAGUGUGGAGUUCAUCAUUGAGAGCUUACCAGACAGAGGCCGGUCAUGUUGGCACCUGGGGGCUGUGUGGGCACUCAGCCAGUUCCAGGACAAUGAGCUAUUCCUCGGAAUGUACCCAGAUGAGCACUUCAUAGAAAAACCCGUCAAGGAAGCGAUCGAGAAAUUCCAAACAUGUCUUCAAGGAAUUACACAGCGUAUCACAGAACGCAAUAAAGACAAGAAGCUCCCCUAUUACUACUUCUCUCCAGACAGAAUCCCCAACAGUGUUGCAGUGUGAGUCAGAGGCACCUGACACAGAGAGGAACCCAGUCUGGUAAAGUGGAAGAGGCAGUGAAUCUGAUGCAGGGUCACUCCUUCCUGCUUUAUGCUUAUGCAAUCAGCAGCUUGGGUGGAAAAUCAUUGAGUUAGAUUUUUGAACCAACUUCAGCUUAAAGCAAUAAUAAGAUUGUGUGACAAUGUGAAGCUUUAGUUCUGUUUGAUUCGGCUGCACUGGGUCCAGAUAGAAACCAUAGAACCAUAGAAAAGUUACAGCACAGAAGGAGGCUAUUCAGCCCAUCUUGUCCAUGCCAGCCCAAGGACACCCAGGUGCCCUUUCUAAUCCCACCUUC